GAAAUUGGACGUUGCCCAUUCAGCCGCCCACCUUUUUUAUUUCUUUAUAAAUAUUCUGCCUUUUCCCAACUCAUAAACCUCCUCUUCUUCUCAUUUUUUUAAUUACUUGAUAUUAAGUAGCUUUGGUGUUUCUUACUUACCAAUCCUAUGUCCAUGGAUAACUACCACAUGCUUCUCUCUGGUUCACAAAGAUUUUCAACUUCUCGAUCCUCUUUAAACAUGGGAAAUCCACAAACCCAUCAUUUUGAUGCUCAGAAUAUCGGGAAUGAGAGCAAGGCAGAAUGUAAAAGUCAAUAUCCAGAUAACACAAACAUUUCUGACAGUGGAAUUACCUCUCACAGUUCUGGGAGUGAGGUUAAAGCAAAUAGCAAAGGAGAAAACAAGGGACUCAAAAAGCACAGGUACGCAUUUCAAACAAGGAGCCAGAUUGACAUACUGGAUGACGGGUAUCGGUGGAGGAAAUAUGGCCAAAAAACAGUUAAGAGCGGUAAAUUCCCCAGAAGUUACUACAAAUGUACGCAUAAAGGGUGCAAUGUGAAGAAACAAAUCCAACGCAGUUCCAAAGACGAAGAAAUUGUGGUGACUACCUAUGAAGGGAUGCACACACAUCCAAUUGGGAAGUUAGCUGACAACUUUGAUCAGAUUUUGCGUCAGAUGCAAGCCUACACUGCUACUUUCUAAACUUAAUUUUACUAUUCUUCAAAUGUAAACAGUUUGUAAUACCCUAUUUACCUGAGCCUGUUUCUUAAAAUACAUAAACUCAUAUAGAAUUAUGUAUAUGUGAGAUAAAUCAGAGAGGUAGGUUGACAAAUAGCGGUUCAAUUCUGAUAUGUGAUGCUUUCUUCAACAAUUCUUAGCAUAUGAUGGGUUAUAGUUGAAGUGAUGUGGAACGAUUUGGCAGAUCCAUCCACCCACUUAGAGAAAAGCCAGAAUACAAAAGCAUUUGGACAAAUAAAAU